AUGUCCCUUGCACUCAGUCCCAGAUCUUCAGUUGAAUCCACUUUCCUGAACCUCUCACUUCACGAUGAAGAGCCCGAUCGGCAGUUGGUCGACCUCGACAAUCCUUAUCCAAACCUUGUUGAAGAGGAUACACUCUCUCAACAACACAUCCACCAAGCACUCAUCACAAGUGCAUUGCAUCCAGCAUCGGAUCAGUACCACCAAAAAUUCCACCGCCUGCCUCGAACCCCAUUGAGACUCCGCUACCUGAAAACAUUGUAUGAUACAGGGAAUCCUUUUGGAUUUCUAAAGGUCAUCGCUGGAAAGAAAGUGCAGAUUGAUGCAGAUGAGUUCAUCACACCCGCAACAUCGACAGAGUAUGCAAUACGGGUUCCUCUUCAUUGUCUCGAUUUCCGCCUCCUUGUUCCUUUUGUUGGCGGCUUUGGAACAUUUCUCCCCCUGGACCCAGAGGCUUGGUCCUGGACAUUCACACUGGACCUGGGCCAUCCUCAACGUACAUUUAACAAUGCACGAGGAUUUCUUGGUUUUGACCCCACCGGUUCGAUGUUAUACAUCGGGAUGACUCCUUCAGGGAACUCUGUGUUCCUUGGGAUGGCACCCCAAGCUUUCUUCAAUAAAGACUUUGUGCCAGCUGGACAUGCAUCGAAGGAAGGAUGGAAUCAGACUUGCAUGUCGACACGUCUGUAUCGGAUGCUGGUGUCAUUCUUCUGCUAUGGGAUGAAUGCACUUGUAGAACGGGCAUUCCCCCUGGUGGACUCUUAUGGGAUCAAUCUUGAGGGUCGAGCGAAUUGGGAGGAUGUGAAUCCUGACCUGUUGACGAAUCAGAAGUUUGACCUCCGGCUUAGGGAUAUGCUGAAGCUGGAGAGUGUGUUCACGACUGAAUUUGAGGAAUUUCGGGACAAUUCUCCUCAAGAGUGGAAGAGAAAUGAGAUCUGGCGGACAUGUCGACCAAUAUUUGUGUCGAUGAAAUAUGGGCAAAACCUGCCAAUAAACAUUUCGUCCGAGGAGGCCUUUGAGCUGACGGCAUCCCAUUGGAAUGAUGAGCUGGACUAUACACGGGUACAGUUUUUCUCAUUUGCAUUAGCCACAGAAAUCAGUGCAACUAAAGUGGAGGAGUGGGAGCCUAUCCCAACUGGAGACAUCACCAGGUUGUAUGAUGAGAUCUAUACUGGAGAUGGGAUGCAAGUGUUUGACGCCGAGGCAGUGCCAUAUGAAGAGGAGGGACGAGAAGUAGAGUUUUUCGACAAAGAAGGCAACAAGAUUGCUCGUCGAAACCCCAUCCAUGCACCUGGGCAAAACAAUGGUGCAAUGCUAGUCAAACUUGACACCGCAAGCCACAUGUUUGUUGCAUCAUCUUCCCAUCUCGAUGAUUCUGAGGAUGAGGACGAAGAAACGUUUGAUACAACGUUUGGGAUGGAGGCAACAGGAGGGAGACGAGGAGGGAGGCAUCCUCCAGUGCAUGCAGAACAUUCUUCGGUGCAGCUGCGAACGUACCCACUUGCAUACCUGGGUAGCCUUGGGCAAGUCCAGUCCAACAUGAUUCUGCCACAGUUUCAGAAGAUCAUCCAUGAGAUCGUCGACAUCAUCGACGAAGCAUCGGUCUCAACGACACUUGAUGGCAGCGACGAUGAUCCAUUUAGUGAACACAUGGAGUCAGUGCCACGAUCAACGACACAAUCAAUCCAAGGAGUGUUCUUACAAAUGUACCAAUCAUCGUUCCACCGUGCAGCACCUCGAGCAGGAGGUGGAGAGGUGGAUCAUGGAUGGAUCACCGCAGCAGCAGCUGGGACAUGCAAUGGUGACCCAAAACAAUCCACUCGUGUUCAGCGGCAUCAAGAUCGAUGCAGUUCCAUGCUCCCCUUUGACCAUUGGAGGAGCCGGAUGGAUAGACGAGACACGCCAACGAAUCUUCGGUGUGAACAAUACUAUAUUUUAGAUUUGUCACACCUCCCAUCGAGGGUACGAACUGGAAGAUGGAUACUUGGCGAGAUUAUUACACGAUUGCUGCAUGGAUGGCGUCACCCAGACGUGGUGAACACAGUCAAGGAAAACUGUGUGAUCGUUCAGCCUGGGAUAUUCCCAAAGAUAUAUCAGUGGACGAUGCAUGGAUUCACCCAUCUGCUGCGACAAUAUUGGAUGCAUGUCGAAUCGCUGAUAGCAAAGAAGGAAGCCAUUGACCCUUACCAUCUGGAGGUGAUUGCUAGUUUGGAACGAGCAAUCGCAUUUGGGCACAGUGGGAGUGGCAAGGUGCUUAGCACAUCUCUCAUGGACCCACUGUGGCUGUCUCUCGGGUUAGGGACAACAGGGUUCCCAAGCUUGAAUCUGGACAUCAUCCGAUUCGAGCCACAUGCAGCAAAUGGGUUGGUACCUCUGACCAUAUUCAGCGAAGGAUGGCCAUGGACCCAAAGACAGUCUGUCGCUGGACCUGCGUUUGCAUCGAAACGUUCAUGGAUCUUUAACUAUGGGCGGCCUAAUUGGGAGAUGUACUGGUUGGACUUGUACAUCCGUUUCAUCAAAGAUACAUAUCGUGAAGGAUCAUCGGAUAAAUCACUGCAGGAGCAGGUUCAUUCGAUGCUCGUGAAACUCAUCGUGGAUGCAUUGGUGGAGGAUGCAGUGGCGAACGUGGUCCAGGGGGUUCGCAAGCAGCUUCGAGAGUUCAUGAGGGAUUCAACACUGAGUGAAGUAGAGCUGUCAUUCCAGAAGGAGCGGAGUGCCUCAGUCAAGAAACUCAAGCAACUCGAUAACCCUCUUGGAACAAUCGAUGGACGAAGGGUACUGCGGAAGUGUUUGUGGGAGAAUGCCUCAGACAUGGAGUCUCAGCUGACACUUCCAAACGAGACAACAAUGAAUGGCCAACAAUUUGUCAAUGAGGCAUACGACAUUGCCUUGAAGCGACCAAGGACACCAUGGGGGGGUCCAUUCUUUCAUGAUGGCAAAGCCGCACCAAUAUGGCACAAAGUCAUUCAAGAAUAUUCAAGGUCUUCAAGGAAGACAGCAGCAGAGAUCAAGAGCCGUCUCUGUGAUCGAGUCCAUCAUGAGCUCGUGGUCAAGGGGCAAGUGGCUGCACUGCCAUGGAAGGCAAAUGCCCAGCAACGUUAUCCACGGUGGAAUGGAUGGGUUCGAUUCACAGUGGGGAAAGAGUCUGGAAUGCCAGGAGGACGUCGGGGCGGGAAAGGAGUCAUGACCAUGGAAGAAGAGAUGGAUGCAGCAGCAGCAAAAGCCGUGGCUCAAGAGGAUGAUGAGAAUGAGAAUGUGGAGUGGGCGAUGAAAGACUUCGACCUCAGUGAGCUGCCACGAGUGUUGAACAGAGCACAAUUGCCGAGCGAUUUUGGAUUUGGUCCAAAGGAUGUGGAGCCAACAUCAAACGAAAUGGUUGCAUGGAUGAAAGAGUCAUAUGAUGGAAAGUCUCCUGCACACAGGAUGGCACUGUUUGGGGCAAUCAUCCUGUCACGAAUGGCGCCAUGUCACUCAGUGGACAUCCAAGGGACAUCGUCACGGCAGGGAGGGAGUGACUUAACAAGAUGGGGAUCUCAGCUGGGGUGGAAGGAUAACGCUGGCACUACUCAGGGGAACAAGGGGCGACUGGACAAAACAACAAUGUUUACAUGUUGGCUCUUGUUCAUUGGCAUGCACCUUGACAAGACCAGUCCAUGGUACACCGUGCACAAUGGGAGAAUGAACAAGACGUUCAAGGCGAAAAUGGGCGCAAAAGGAGUACUUGGGACAGUGGUCACACGGAUUGGCCUUAUGGAGCCAUUGACACAGAAGGGGUUCUUUGGAGGAGUCCUGGGAACGGACUAUCGUGCAUACAAAACAAGACAGAUGGAAGGGGUGUACAAGCGAUUCACAGAGCAGCUUUUAGGAGGAGGAGCAUAUGCACUGUAUGGUGCGAUCUCCAUGUUGGUUGGAGAGGAGAUGGCAUCACAAUUGUGCAAAGAGCACAAGAUCCAUAGCCCAUUGGGGCUACCUGGAAGCAUGCCACGACGGAGUGCAUCAAACACAUCGAUUCGAACUGUGUCUGAACGAGACACCAGCGACUCAGAUGUGGAAGGACAGGCACCAAAACGACAGCGGAGAUGA